AUGUGGAAGUGUCAUAAAUGCGGAAAACCUGUUUAUUUUGCUGAAAGAAAACAAUCGUUGGGCUACGAUUGGCAUCCUGAAUGUUUAAGAUGCGAGGAAUGUGGUAAAAGAUUAAAUCCAGGCCAACACGCUGAGCAUAAAGGAGUGCCUUACUGCCAUGUCCCUUGUUACGGUGCGUUGUUCGGUCCUCAGCUGUUUGGUCAUGGUACUAGAGUUGAAUCUCAUACAAGUUUUGGUAAAAAAGAACCUCGGUCAACUUUACCAAGAUCGCAUUUAGAAACAAAGUUAAAAAUUUUUAAUCAGUAUUAUGAGGGCAAAAGUGGUGGGAUAAGGAGCAGAGAAGUAAAUGGAAGAUUAAUUCUCGAAGGUGCUUUAAGAAUUUAUUGGGGAGUACGGGGUGUGAUUCAUUUAAAGGAAGAUGAUGAUCAACGAACAGUUGUAACAGCAAGAAAUCGGAAUUCCUGUCGACGAAGUGUUGCUGAAAAAGUUGAAGAUGAAGAUGAAGAUGAUGAUGAUAAUGAUAAUGAUAAUGAUAAUGAUCAUGAGAAUAAAAAACGUACCAACCCAAGUGACAAAGAUUUAUCACCAACAGAAAGUCAUUUGGAAAGCGAGCCGAAUUCCGUGCCUACGUCACCAGAUCACUUGAAAAGCCUCACGCUACCGAUGAAACUCGAUGUGAAGAAUAUGGAACUAGAUGAAUUAGAUGAGCUGCUGCAAGUUGAACGAAAAGUUGAGGACGGUGAUAAAUUGUAUCAAACAAUGCCGGAAAAUUUGCCAUCAAUGUCACACUCUGUGACUGAAACUUCUCAGUCAGCUAGUCAGUCAAGUCUUGAUGGACCAACGGAGAAUCGAAGUUCAAUGGCCAACAGUAGCGCUAGUUCUCAAACUAAAACAAAUGACAGUAGUAUCAACAGUACACCGACGCACAGCUUAGAUAGUACUUCCUCCAGCACUGACACUCCUAAUAAUUGCCAUGGAACUCCUAAUAGAAAUGGUAACUUACGUAGAGUUGAGUACUAUGAUAGUUUGGAGAAGAACAGCAACAGUCGUAGAAUGAGUAAUGAUGAUAGCUGGAUCGAGAAAGGAUUAAAUCGCUCGAUGUCUGGGCCUGAUUGCCUUCAAAGACAUCGCGAGGACAGUGACACUGAUUCUGUAAAUUCCCUGCACUUUCGCGAUGAUGACAAUAUGACUAUGUCGACGGACAGCGGAUUGGAGCUUGAUGGCGUUGUCUUACGUCGAAAACAAGGCUCUACUGCAAUACGUCGACGUCCUGGUGGCAGGAGACAGUCUCGAAGUCGAUUGCGUCGUCGCUGUUCUAUCAAUGGGCAUUUUUAUAACCGUGAAACAAGUUUCUUUACUCCACCACAUGGGUCACAAAUGUCUGUCUGGGUUACUAGUCUUGUUAGCACUCAAGAAGUUAUCAACUUAAUGCUCGAUAAAUAUAAAGUCGACGCUAAACCUGAUAACUUUGCUUUGUUUGUUGUACGGGACAAUGGAGAACAACGCAGAUUAAGAGACGAUGAAUAUCCUCUUGAAGUCCGUGUAGCUCUUGGACCACAUGAAAAUGUUGCUCGUCUUUUUCUCGUCGACAAAUUAUCGACACCUGAAAUAAGCUCGGACGUCGCGCAAUUUUUAAAUCUUUCAUUAGCUGAGUGUCAGGGUAUUUUGCAACGAUAUCAUUACGAAGAAGAGAAACAGAUUUUGUUAUUAAAAGAAAAGUUAGUACAAGGAAAUGCGGCGGAGAAUCAAACAACGAAUGGAAGAUCUGAAAGUCCGGUUAUAGGUGAGAAAUGA